AUGGUUCUUGCAUUAUCAGAAGUAGCUAAACACAACACCAAGCAAGAUUGUUGGGUCAUAAUCCAUGACAAAGCAUAUGAUUUGUCGGACUUUGUUGAUGAACAUCCAGGUGGAUCGGCCAUCAUAAUGAAAUAUGCCGGUAAGGAUGCAACCAAAGCAUUUGACCCAAUACAUCCACUGGAUACAUUGAGCAAGUAUUUGGCACCAAAGUAUCAUAAAGGUGAAGUUGAGAAGAGAGUUAAUCAACCAGUAAAGAAAGUGGUAAAGAAGAAGAAGGAGACCCCAGAGCAAAAGAAGAAACCACAACAGAGCACGGCUGAAUCCAAUGGUAAUGUUGUUGACGAAUUUGAUGUUGAGUAUGAUGAACAAAAUGAUAAGGAUCCUAUUCCAAUGCCGCAACAAAACUCUACGACAGAUGAUUCUACUACUGCUAACGAGGAAGAGGAGGAAGAGGAGAUUAUGCUUGAUGAAGAUGGAGAACCAAUACCUAAAGAAGAAGUGCAACGUCUUAAGCGUGUUGAAAACAAGCCAGAUAUCGGCCAAAUUUACAAUUUGAACGAUUUCGAAUUCGUCGCUAGACACACCAUGGAAAAGAUCGCUUGGGCAUAUUAUUCAUCUGGUUGUGAUGAUGAAAUCACAAUGAGAGAAAAUCAUUUGAGUUAUCAGCGUAUAUUCUUCAAGCCUCGUGUUAUGGUUGAUGUUACCAACAUUGACUUGUCAACAUCAAUGUUAGGUACUAGCACAUCAGCACCAUUUUAUGUAACUGCGACAGCAUUGGGUAGGUUGGGGCAUCCAGAUGGUGAAAAAGUCUUGACUAGAGGAUGUGCUAAACAUGACAUUAUACAAAUGAUACCGACAUUGGCAUCAUGUUCAUUUGAUGAGAUUGUUGAUCAAGCUACCGAUAAACAAACCCAAUGGUUUCAAUUGUAUGUUAAUUCAAAUAAGGAGAUAUCGAAAAAUCUUAUCCAACAUGCAGAGAAAAGGGGUAUUAAGGGUUUGUUCAUUACUGUUGAUGCUCCACAAUUGGGUAGACGUGAAAAAGAUAUGAGAUCAAAGGAUGUUACUGAUUUAAGUCAUGUUCAAGGAGAAGGUGAUGAUGCCGAUCGUACACAAGGUGCCGCUAGAGCCAUUUCAUCAUUUAUAGAUACUUCGUUGAAUUGGAAAGACUUAAAGUGGUUUAAAUCCAUUACUAAAAUGCCCAUCAUUUUGAAAGGCGUUCAAUGUGUUGAGGAUGCAAUCUUGGCCGCUGAGCAUGGCUGUCAAGGUGUCAUAUUGAGUAAUCAUGGUGGCCGUCAAUUGGAAUUUUCUCGUGCUCCAAUUGAAGUGCUUAUUGAAUUAAUGCCAAUUUUAAGAGAACGUGGGUUAGAUAAAAAUUUCGAAGUUUUUGUCGAUGGUGGUGUUAGAAGAGCAACUGAUAUUUUGAAAGCGAUCUGCUUAGGAGCCAAGGGAGUAGGUAUUGGACGUCCAUUCCUUUACGCUAUGUCCACUUAUGGUGAUGAUGGUGUUGUUAAAGCCAUGCAAAUUUUAAAAGACGAAAUGAUUAUGAAUAUGAGGUUAUUGGGAGUUACUUCAAUUGAUCAAUUAAAUGAAAAAUACGUUGAUGUGAGAAACUUCAGUAAUAGGUUUGUUCCAGAAGAUAAAUUGUUUAGAAAUGUUUAUCAACCAUUGAUCAGUCCUCCAUUUAAGGAGUCCAAGUUUUAA